GCGCAGCCUUGAAAUGCGCCUGAUGCAAGUAGAGGCGCACUGAGGGGACACACAGGAAAAGUUCUCCACAACGAGAGGCAGGACGACGCUGACGGAGCCCCUGCAAGUCUCGCCUCUUUUUUUAUGCCUCCUUGUACACUUUCCCUUCCACCACGGUGUGUUUUCUGCUCUCCGACACAUUUCCCAGUCGGUGAUCCUGCUUCUUUUUGUUUUGUUUUUGUUGUUGUGACUUAAGCCAAACGCCAUGGAGCUGCUCUGCCUCGAAAUGGACACGAAUAUACGGGCUCGUCCCGAUCCGAACCUCCUUUGUGAUGACCGAGUCCUCCAGAGCUUGUUGACCAUAGAGGAGAGGUUUCUACCUCAAUAUUCGUAUUUUAAAGGGGUGCAGAGAGACAUUCAGCCCUUUAUGAGGAGGAUGGUCGCCACUUGGAUGUUGGAGGUUUGUGAGGAGCAGAAGUGCGAGGAAGAAGUUUUUCCCCUGGCCAUGAACUACUUAGACAGAUUUCUAGCAGUUGUCCCGACCAAAAAGUGUAACUUGCAGCUGCUGGGAGCAGUUUGCAUGUUUCUUGCAUCCAAAUUGAAAGAGACUCGUCCAUUAACUGCAGAGAAGCUUUGCAUCUACACAGAUAACUCCAUCAGACCACAAGAGCUGCUGGAAUGGGAACUGGUGGUGUUGGGGAAGUUGAAGUGGAACCUGGCAGCAGUGACGCCAAAUGACUUUAUCGAGCACAUAGUGAGGAGGCUGCCGCUGCCUGAGGAUAAACUGACUCUUAUACGCAAACAUGUCCAGACGUUCAUCGCCUUGUGUGCCACAGACUUCAGAUUCGCCAUGUACCCUCCAUCCAUGAUUGCCACAGGAAGUGUGGGGGCAGCAAUCUGCGGCUUGCAGCUGGACUCAGUGAACCAAUCCCAGUGGGGCGACAGUCUGACAGACCUUCUGGCCAAAAUCACAAAUACAGAAGUGGAUGUCCUCAAAGAGUGCCAGGAGCAGAUCGAGCGUGUGUUAGAGAGCAGCCUACGCGAGGGCCGGAAGCAGCAGCAACAGCAGCAGCAGAGUCAGAGAGGCACGAGCAGUAAAGGCCUGGAAGAGCUGGAUCAGUCCUCCACCCCGACAGACGUCCGUGACAUCAACUUGUGAACCAGAAGAGGGCCUCAUUGCGCAGGAUUUACAACAACAGCAACAAAAAAAAUAUGAAUCAUGAAAAAAAAACUUUCCUAAAAGCAGAAAAAAAGAACAAAAAACAAAAUGCUAAAAACACAAGCCCUUUAAAAGAAAAAGAACAAUGCUUGCUAGUUUUUUGUAGAUUUUUCUGUUCAAGAUAAAAACAAAAACACCUGCCCACAAAAUCUACUUUUUUUUUUAAUCUAAAAGCAACAGAUUUGGGCCACGAUACUGCUCCGUGGUGCCUUGGAUAUACAGAAGGGAAACCAAUCAUAUUUGCAUUCUGCCUUUGAUUGUAUAGAAUGAUCAUUAAGUUAUAUUGUAACCAUAGCUGGUUGGCAGAAAGUUGCAUUCAUGGGAGCAAAGUAUGGGCUUAGGGUUUUUUUUUUGUUUGUUUGUUUGUUUGUUUGUUUUUCCUCACUCUCUAGUGUGAUAUAUAUUCAUGUUAUCUUCUGACCAUCAGUGAGAUGUAGAGAGGAAGCCUCGACAACAGUAUGCGUUACGUUGGUUGGUCCCAAAUCCAGGGGUGCGACAGGAUCAUUUGAAUCAUCAUUAGCAGUUGUAGUAAUUAUUAUUAGCUGUAAUAUUAUUGGACAUAUUUUGAGUAGUCAAGAUCAAUAAGCUCCUUUGUCAGGCUGCUUGUACGUGUGGGUCAGCUAGUGGGUUCGGCACGCCUCAGCAUGUGCGUGUGUAUAUGUGUGCGCAGUCUGAAUGGGAUCCUGUAUCGAAAAUUAGCAGUAAACAUUCUAGGGCGCGAGGCACUUACAAUGUUAGAAGACAAUGGAGCAGUCUGCGGUUACAUACAUACUUUGUCUAUCAGUAUAACUGGGCAUCUAUGCUAUGUCACUGCCUUCAUUCAUUGGCAGCGUAUCGAGGUCUGUUGUUGGCCAGCAAUAAACUGCUGCACGGGCUAUGAAUGAGAUGGAGUUCAUUUGAGUGAAGGGACCUUCGUUUCACUCUAAGCCCUUCUUCGAGCAUGUUUCAAAAGUCUUGAAUGACCUCAGCCUCACAGGUCACGCGAGACGUUUUGUUGUAUUACUGCCAUUCUGUUCAUGAUAUAUGACCACAUAUUGUCACGUGGUGUUACGAUGUUGCGUUUCCUUUAGUCAAUGGAGGACUUGGAAGUGCAGAACUCUCCAGCACGAAGCGUUUCGGAGCACAUUUGAACAGCGAAGAGGACAAUGCCUCAAAAGACAGGAGGAUGGGGUUUGGGGGGGGGGGGGGGCUUGGGGGGGAGGUACUCCUGUGCUCAUUAGAAUGGAGGCCACAGGGUGUGGAAAGAAUGAGAAUAGAUAGUUUGGAUGGAUGAUUGAAAUCGAAUGGAGAAGGGUGUCGCGACGCGGGAGCCUGCUGCUGAUGUAUACAGCCAGUAGCUGAAUGACGAAUAAAGCGCCCGAUUGAGGUUUGAGAGCAGGAUAAUAAGGUGGAAUUCAAAUUCUCUUUAUGGAGGUGUACUAUAACACAGGUAAUUGAGUUGAAUUUAGAAAAAAAAUAAUGUACUGGUUUCCAUUUACAUGGAUGCUAAAUGAGGAACUAAGGCUACCAGAUCGUAUGAGGAUGAGUUUCCUUUUUGUUCCUUGGAGGAGUACAAGAUAUUGUCAAUGCAUCUGGAGUCCCACAUAGGGCCGUGUUCAGCUCCCUAUCCGAUUUCAAUGGCAAAGCACUUUGAGAACAUGCUCCCCAGGAGAUACGUCAAAAUGAAUUGGUGGUGAUUUGGAGGUGGGUGGGUGUUUCAUUUUACUUGUUAUUUGUAUCCUUUCCUUUGGUUUACUUUGUAGGGCUGGUUUCCCAAUCACCCCCUCAUGUCAAAAACAUAAAACGGGACAUUCCAAUCAAAACCAACAUUCCGAUUCAAACAAAGACCAACUUGACCCAAGGAGCCUGUCCAUGUCCAAGGAUUGGAACAAAAACAAAGGCCAAGACAUACAGUUCCCUCAUCCGUGGCUUUCCUUUACACUGUCAUGAUUUUUUCUUUUUUUUUUUGUACUUGAAUAUUUCUUUCUAUUUAUCUGCAUCACAGCCACAGUCGUGUCACACAGGGCGGCGCUCGGGUGCUCGGGUGGUCGUAACAUCCAAUAUUUGCACAUGUUCUACAGAGGCCAAUGAUUUUAUUUUAUUUUUUAAGUUUCCAAACCACCGCAAGUGAUGUGUGUAUUAGUGGCUGUUCACUUUCUAUGGUGCUGGCUUGAAAUUGCAGAAAUGUUCGACAACAUUGUGUGAGGCUAUGCGACGUGUCAUUCAGUCCUCUUUGAGCUUUGCUGCUUCAAAUAAUCGACGAGGGGGUUCAUCAGGCAGAGAGACACGACCGUGUUUUUCGUUUUUUGGGACUUUCACGUGUGCUUGAGUUUUUGUUUGUUUCCCUGAGCGACAUUGCUUGUUGUCAGACUGAAGAAAAUGUGGGGAUGUUUUUGUGUUGAUUUAGAUUUUGGCAACUUGUUUUGCCAAAACAUCCCGUUUGGAGAAAAUUGCCCUCCUUCAUUUUGCCUCUGCCGGAUGUAAGCUCUCACCCAAACUUAAUGUCUUUCCUGCAAUGUCUUGUUGCGUGUGUUAUAUAUUGAGACCACACUUUCAAUUUGUGUUUGAUAUAUUUUAUGGGGUGAGCAGACCCACAAAAGGGUUUUUGUUUUCUUUCUAAGAUUUAGAGAUACUGUAUUCCAAAGUGAAGAGAGGACACAGGAGGUGUGAAGACAUCAAGAAAAAAAAGUCAAUAUUUUUAUUGAGUUAUUGUUGUCUUUUUGCGCUGCUAAAAGCUAUGAAUUUGUUUCAUUUAUACAAAAUAACAUUACAGAGUUGUGAUGUGUCACUUGAGUGUGCUGCUAUUUUAUAAACAUUUGUAUUAUAAUAUAAUUAUUUUCCUGCUUAAGAGAUAAAUUCAGAAAAACGAAGUAGAAGGUGAUAGAAGAACAUGAAAUGAGUAUUCGACUGGAAAUGUUCUUUGUACAGUUUGACGUUUUGCUUAGAUAGCAUGUCUCCUUUACCCCCUUUUUGAAUCUAUUUUGCUCUUUUCUUCAGUCACAUUCUGCAACGGUGGUAUAUGUCCUGUACGUCGGGAUGACUGGCUUCAUGCAAAAUAAUCAUACAAACCAACCAAUCCAUCAUCGAUACCUCUGCAGUUAGGGAGCCUGGACUAGAAUAGAAAAACAACAAAUUAGCAUUUUGUGGAUGUGCCGCUGUUCGCCUUCCACUUGGACGUACUGGAGGGGAGGGGGGUCCUCAACAUUUCUGGGGGUGUUCUAGCAUCAUUUGCUCAUGUUGGUGCUACAUCUGACAUGUGGGUGACAGAGGUUACAACGGGUGUUAAUAUGAUGGCCAAAGUACACUUGUUGCUUUAUUCACUCACAAUGACCCUGAACGUCCGCCAACAUGGAUUCCCAAUGCGGGAAUGACAUAUUUUUGGCUGAAAUCAGAGAUAAUGUGCGUGUGUGUGUGUGUGUAUUACAAAUGUCAUUUCGACCCAUAAAUAUUGUGAUAUCUGGAAGUUUGAGUGGAGCACAUUUCCCUUUGACUCGUCCCCCUCCCCACGAGAUCCCAUAUCAUGUACCUCAACUGUCUGUUGCACAACCUCUGUUCAAUAAACUUCUGCUUUAAAGGGUGUGACACCA